UUAUCUCUACGGUCGCAGCUCCCUUCCUCUGUUAAUAAGUGCCACUCAGUUAUGCGGUUGGAAAAGUUACAUCAAACAGAGGGCGGGCCUAGCUUUCCGUGAGUGUUUAGGCCGCGGCCCAGGUCAUCGCCGAACAAAUCGCCCGGCCAGCUCAAUGGUCUCCACAUCUCUCGGCUCAGUACUCUGACGGCCGCUUAGAUGGAGCCGUCUCGGAGAAGAGCGCAUUCAUGAGAUCUUGGUGUGAGUUUUGUGAAGUGGGGAAUGUCGAGAGACGAUUUCGAUGGCUGUGAUUCUCCAAGUGUGUCCGGCGACGAUCGAAAGGAACGCCGGAGGACACACAGUAUCAAUAGUGCAUUCAGUCGAUUGCGGUCACAUAUACCGAACGUUCCCAGAGACACGAAGCUGUCGAAAAUCAAGACCCUGAGACUCGCAAUCGCCUACAUCUCGUAUCUACAAGAUGUGCUGACGUCCGGAAAGCCGUGUGUGAUUUCGGAUGGCUGCGGCUCUGGAAUCAGCGAUGAAGAAGACGAAAAGAAUGAUCCAUCCCUCCAUCGACUGGCGAGGGGUCGCACGGGCUGGCCGCAUCAAGUUUGGGCUUCUGAAUUCGCCAGCGACCUAUGUCUGAACAAGAGCAGCGACAACCCUCCGUGAAACUCCUUCCGUGCAAGCGAUACCGUUCCUCAUGAUGCUCUCGCAUGGGUGGGUGCAUUCGGACUUUUCCCCCGAAUCGACCAGACUCUCGCUGAAACCGUGUACGAAUGAAUAGUUUCUGAAGAGUCGCAUUGGAGCCUACAAGGAGCAACAUCUUUCAUCUUUAGCUGGGCGCCGGAACGGAGACAUCAAUUUCCGAGGUUUACCUCAUCGAUGAGUCCAAGAUAAAUUUU